CUGGGGGCGCUGUGAUUGAGUCUGUGUCAAAAGUGGAUUUCAUAUUUAUUUUUGUAAACACCUAUUGAUAAAAAAUGUCUAACAAGGCUGCAAAUUUACGCGUACAACUUGGAAAUAUUAUCGCCUCUGGCGGUACGCAUAAAGAUCAAGCUGAAAAAUAUCGUUCAACUCUGGAGGUUAUUUUGAAAGAAACCGACAAUGAUUUAGUGGAAUGUCUGCAAAUAUUCAUAGAAGCCAUUGUUAAUGAAAAUGUGAGUUUGGUAAUCUCGAGACAAAUCCUGAGUGAAAUCAGCAACCAAUUAAUGAAACUUCCGGACAAUGUUUCAAAAACUGUGUCGCAUUAUAUGCUAGAUAAAGUUCAACCUAGAGUGAUCUCAUUUGAGGAGCAAGUUGCGAGCAUAAGGCAACAUUUGGCGCAAAUCUAUGAACGCAAUCAAAUGUGGAAGGAGGCUGCUAUGGUUUUGGUCGGUAUACCACUUGAAACAGGACAGAAACAAUACUCUGUUGACUAUAAACUGGAUACUUAUUUAAAAAUUGCGAGGCUGUAUUUGGAAGAUGAUGAUCCUGUACAAGCUGAGGCUUUUAUCAACAGGGCUUCCUUGUUGCAAGCUGAAUCUACAAAUGAACAAUUGCAGAUUUACUAUAAAGUGUGUUAUGCAAGAGUUUUGGAUUACAGAAGGAAGUUCAUAGAAGCAGCACAAAGGUACAAUGAACUGUCAUACAGGGUUAUAGUCAGGGAAGAUGAGAGAAUGAGGGCUUUAAGAAAUGCCUUGGUUUGUACUGUGUUGGCCUCUGCAGGUCAGCAAAGGUCCAGAAUGUUAGCAACUCUGUUCAAAGAUGAAAGAUGUCAACAGUUACCUGCUGUAGGGAUUUUGGAGAAAAUGUACUUAGAGAGGAUAAUCAGAAGGGAUGAGCUAAGGGAUUUUGAAGCUCUGUUAUAUCCCCAUCAGAAAGCUAGUACUAUUGACGGUUCAACAAUUUUGGACAGAGCAGUAAUUGAGCACAAUCUAUUAUCUGCUAGUAAAUUGUACAACAAUAUUAGUUUUGAGGAACUAGGUGCUUUGCUAGAGAUCCAUCCUUCAAAGGCUGAGAAAAUUGCCAGCCAAAUGAUCACUGAGGGGAGGAUGAAUGGAUAUAUUGAUCAAAUUGAUUCUAUAGUACACUUUGAAACACGUGAAACGUUACCCCAAUGGGACAGACAAAUUCAGUCAUUGUGUUAUCAAGUUAACUCCAUUAUUGAUUCCAUUUCUGAAGAACAUUCAGACUGGCUUAUGAGAGUUAUGGAAGAACAGAUGAUUUCAUAAAUAUUUUUUAGUUUAGCUUUUAAGAUUUUCGUUCAUUUGUAUUGUGAUACUUUAAAUAAACAAUUUAAAUUUA